AUGGCCCUCAGCGAUGCCGACGUCCAGAAACAGAUCAAGCACAUGAUGGCUUUCAUCGAGCAAGAAGCCAACGAGAAGGCGGAAGAGAUCGACGCCAAGGCCGAAGAAGAGUUCAACAUCGAGAAAGGCCGCCUGGUGCAGACGCAGAGGCUGAAGAUCAUGGAGUACUACGAGAAGAAGGAGAAGCAGAUCGAGCAGCAGAAGAAGAUUCAGAUGUCCAACCUGCUCAAUCAGGCCAGGUUGAAAGUGCUGCGUGCGAGAGAUGACCUGAUCUCGGACCUGCUGAAUGAAGCCAAGCAGAGGCUGACCAAGGUGGUGAAGGACAACGCCAGAUACCAAGCACUGCUGGAUGGGCUGGUCCUCCAGGGUUUGUAUCAGCUGCUGGAGCCGCGUGUGAUUGUCCGCUGCAGGAAGCAAGAUUUCCCCCUGGUGAAGGCCGCGGUGCAGAAGGCAAUCCCCAUGUACAAAAUCGCCACCAAGAAGGAUGUCGACGUCCAGGUGGACCACGAGCAGUACCUGCCUGAGGAAACGGCCGGCGGGGUGGAGCUCUACAACGGAGACCGCAAGAUCAAGGUGUCCAACACCCUGGAGAGCCGCCUGGACCUCAUCGCCCAGCAGAUGAUGCCAGAAGUGCGCGGCGCCUUGUUCGGGGCCAAUGUCAACAGGAAGUUCCUGGACUGAAGCCCGGGCCGGUCGCUUCCACCCCCACGGGACUCGGGAUCCCUUCGUUGCCGGUGCCGCCGUGAUCCCACCUCGGUCAGCGAUUUCCCCCCCGGACCUCCCGCCCCGCUCUGCUUCCCGUCUGCCCCGGGGAGGGGUAGGUUGAAGCCCGGCCCGCGCCCGCCUCCUCCCUCACCCCUUUCCCCUUCCCCGGCCCUGAGGUGGCCUCGGCCAUCAACGGGAGUCAGAGGCUCAAGCCCUGAGUCUGUGUUGCUUUAUUUAUUAAAGGCAAAGGUGUCUCA